AAUUGAGAAAAUUAACUGUAACUGGUCCCUUCUUGAAAAUCAUUUGAUAAAUAAAAGGCAAUUUAAUUGUCCUUAAAAUUUUUAAUCACUUCAAAAAUGUAUCUCAACUAGUGAGAUCCACAUUAUGUUUUAAAUUUUAUUCUCUUAAAUCUACUUAUAAUCCUCAUAUAAUAUAAAAUGGCUGAAGGAUACAAGAAAGAACAAGUUCGUGAUGAAAGCAAACCUGAGGAACUUUCACCUCUCUCCUUACGUAAUAAUGAAGAUGUAACUAAUUGGUCUUACUAUCAUAAUCAUGCUAAUGAAUUCUCAUUAGAUCUUUCAUACUUGAAUUUGGAUGGAAUAACUCUUCAUCAAAAUUUCGAAAUAUUCAAAAAACCUGAAGAAAGAGAUAAAGAUGAAAAGAGAGAAGUACAUUUUAUGUACAUUCAACACAAUAGACUGGAUUUUAUUCCCGAAAAUAUCUACAAAUUUAAAAAUUUACGACACAUUGACUUGAGUAAUAAUUAUCUAUCGGAAAUAAAUGAAGCUAUAUUCGAAUUAAAACACCUGAAUAUAUUAAUCGCUCGGAACAAUUUUCUUGGUGAUUAUUCCUUACCAAAGAAACUAGGUUCUCUACCUCAUCUAGAAGAAUUGAAUUUGAGUGGAAACCAAUUUAAAACGAUACCUCCAGAAAUUAUAGACAUUCAAAGCUUGAAAUCAUUAUACAUGGGUAGUAAUCAGUUAGAAGAUUUGCCUAGAGAUAUCUGGAAGCUUGAAAAGUUGGAAAUUCUGUAUCUAGGAGGAAAUAGUCUUAAAGAUAUUCCAGCAGAAAUGGGUCGUCUUCAUCAUUUAAGAUCUCUUGUUUUAUGUGAAAAUCAACUGCAGAGCCUUCCAUCAACUAUAUCAUGUUUGAGACGGUUACGAUCUCUUUCCUUGCAUAAAAACCAACUUACCACAUUACCUCCUGAAAUUGUUACACUAAAAGGACUGGUUGAAUUAAGCCUAAGAGACAAUCCACUUGUGGUGAGGUUUGUCCAAGAAAUGACCAAUGAUCCUCCUUCUUUACAAGAACUAGCCGCCAGGAGUAUAAAAUUAUUUAAAGUUCCUUACAAAGACAGAGAGUUGCCUCGUAGUUUGGCUCUUUAUUUGAAAAGUGCUUGUAGGUGUGUUAAUCCUAAAUGUGGUGGUGUGUACUUUGAUGCUAGAGUUGAACACAUAAAAUUUGUUGAUUUUUGUGGCAAGUACAGACUGCCAUUGUUACAAUAUUUAUGCUCUCCUAUGUGCAGCACAUCUUCCAAUUCCAGUGGUCAGAGCGACACUAAUAGCUCAGAUGAUGACAGCGAUAUCCCAGAAAGCAGAUUACGAAGAGUUCUACUCGGUUAAAAUAAAAAUCUCUCAAUUUUUUUGGUGACAUUUUGUUUAUUAGGUACAGUUAGAGUUGACAAAGUGUAGUUUAUUACAGCAGGGCUGAUUGUGCUCCGGAAAAAAUCAGGAUUUCCAGAUUUUUCGCUUGCAGUGAUCCGGAAGUUUCCAGAGAUCGAAGGUCCUGAUGUUUAAAAAAAUCAUUGAUCACAGAAGUUUCCGGAAAUCAAGAUUUCAACGGUGGAACUUGACCACUGCUUAUUUUAUUUGUUUGUAAGGGAGAGCCAGAUACUUUGUAAGCUUAUAUUCAUGAUUAAUAUUCAUUUUUUUAUCAGUAAAUAGUUGUGUUAUGAUCAUAAACUUAAGAAAGACUUAUUUGUAAAUUUUAAUUACUU